AUGAGUCAAAUCAAACGACAACUAAGUUUAACUCAAUCAAUUGAUGUGGAGAUGAAAAAGCUACGAACAAGAUUGAGUGACGAAAGUACAUCGUACACCUGUUUUGAAAAUUUAUCCAAUGAAGUUUUGUACGAAAUAUUGGACUAUAUUGAUGCUUAUGAUAUAUAUGAAUCAUUUUCAAAUCUUAAUAAUCGUUUACAAUCUCUUAUCACUUCUUCGUCACUUUUACUUCGAAUAAAACUUUGUUUAAAAUCCAGUUCUUUAUUCGAAAAUCGUUGUCAACAUGUUAUUAUUCCAAACUCACAUCGUAUUCGUUUUCUUCAUUUUCAUGAUGAAUCAUUGAUUAAUACGUUCUUUGAUCAUUAUAUUAUUGAUUCAUCAUUUCAUCGUCUUGAAUCAAUCGGUCUCCAUGAUAUCAAAGCAGAGAAACUACUCACAAUUCUUAUUUAUUUAAAAUCUUUACCUCGUCUCUUUUCACUAAAUAUUACUAUAAUGGAUAAAAGUUCUUAUGAUCUGGGGAAUAUUUAUUCACUGAUUUUUUCUUUAUCUUCAUUAAAAUGUAACGAACUAGGAACAUUUGGUAAUAAAUUACCACGUAUUAUUUCACAUCUAACCAAUAACAAAUUUAGUAUGAUAGAAUAUAUGGUUAUUCAUAAUUUUUUUACUCUUAAUCAACUAAAUUCUCUACUUCAUUAUACACCACAACUUCGUCAUCUGUUUUGCCAUGGUGUGAUUGAAUCAGACAAAAAAUUCAAAAAAAAUCUAUCAAUGAAAUUACCACAUUUGAAAUACAUUGGUUUUGAAGAAGUUUAUGUUUCGUUUGAUGAAUUCGAAGUGUUUAUUAAAGAAAUAUCCUCUCAAUUACAAAUAUUUAGAAUUGGUACAUAUGAUUAUAAAAACUAUCUUGAUGGUAAUCGUUGGGAACAAUUAAUUAAAAAAUAUAUGCCUCAAUUAAAAAAAUUCUACUUUCGUUUUACUCAGAAUAUUAAAAAUGAUAAGAAGACAAAUUUAAUUGAUUCAACUGAUGGAUUCAUUAAUCGAUUUAGUUCACCAUUUUGGUCUGAACGGAAAUGGUUUCGUGAGCUAAAAGUAUUUUGUGAAAAAAAGAUUUUUUCAAUUUUUCCAUAUAAAAAACAAUGGACCGACCUUCAUGAACAUAUUAAUACUGGCACGAAUUCGAAACAAAAUUCAAUAGAAGAUAAUUAUAUUUCUAAUCGAGAAAAAAGUGACCAUGGUAUUAUACAAUUGACUAUUGAGUUUCAUGGAGAUAGCGAUCUUGAUUGGCGAUUUAUUAGGAGAUUAAUACCUACUAUUAAAGCGAUUCAAUUUACUCAUUUAAAUAUAGAAAAUGAGAGCAUAUCUAUUAACAUGUUACUCAAUAUUCUACGUCUGUUGCCACAUCUUGAAUCAUUAAAAUUGUUAUUUAUGCCGAAACGUCUGUUCGAAUAUUUAUCUAUUGAACAUACCAGAAAUCAUCUAUCAGUACCGAUUACUAACAAAAUGACAAAAGUCAAACUUGGUCAAGUUACAGAAGAAGAAGAAAUUGAAUUUUUUAUCAAUCUUUUCCCACAAAUAGAACAUCUUAAAGUACACUGUUUGUUAAAUACAGAUGUUCCAUUACUUAUGAAAGUUAUUUUAACGAAUCGAAAGACACGUAUUCCAAAUCUCUGUCAUCUGUGUUUCGAUUUUCUUAUGGCAGAUGAAAACUUGGUUAGAACUUUAGCAAAUAUAAUGGAUUUCGAGACAGUUAUUGAUAGCUAUACAAUUCAGCGUAGUGGUGACAAAAUAAAUGUGCAUUGGAAAUUAUAA